UCAACGAGUUCAGACUGACAACUGUACAGCGACUCGCGAGGGAUUUUUUCGGACACGCUUCAACCCAUGGCAAAUCAAAGUUAAGGUCCUGAGAGAAGGUGAUUCAUGAAGGAAGACAGCAGCAGUAUCCUUAAGGACUACAAGCAUACCGGGAGCUGAAAUCUGAAAGUUUUAUGUUUGUAUGAUAAAGUUGGUUCACCUCACUAUUACUGAAAUGACCCUGUUGAAAUGUGUGCUGAUCACACUCUGUCUAAGUGGCUGUUUGUGCCAGAGAGACUGCACUGGAGUGGAUUGCCCUGUUCUCAACAACUGUAUGGAGGAGGUCUUGGAGAGCGGUGCCUGUUGUGCCACUUGUGCCCAGACGGGGUGCACAUGUGAGGGUUACCAAUACUACGACUGUGUCAACGCUGGCUUCAAGAACGGAAAGGUACCUGAGAGAGACUCCUACUUUGUAGAUUAUGGAAGCACUGAAUGCUCCUGUCCUGAAGGAGGAGGGAGAAUCAGCUGUCACUUCAUCAGCUGCCCUGAGAUCCCCGCCAACUGUAUCGAGGUGUCCGAGCCUGCAGAUGGUUGUACGGAGUGUUUGCGUAUAGGAUGUGUCCACAGUGGACAGAAGUAUGAGGCUGGUCACUCCUUCCACAUGGACUCCUGUCAGGUCUGCCACUGUCCCACCGAUGGAGGGAAGCUGAUGUGCUACCCAGUACCAGACUGUGACCCAGGCACCCAUGUCCAGAAACCCAUGUUAGCCCCGACCACUGACGAGAACACCCACAAGAAGCUUCACAAUGACCCCUACACCUUUAGUCAGCAAGGUCCUGUGGACCGCUUUUCCAAACCUUACAAGCUUUCACACAGCGAUAAGCUGCCUCUCUUCAAACUGGCCCCAGGACACAUGGUGGAGGGAGAGGAGGAGGAUUAUGACUACGACCCCACGUACACUCCAGAUCCCUAUACUAAGGACUUGGCUGUUCCCACGCGGUCUUCCACCUCAAACAGAGUUAUCUCUGUGUCACACCCAGACUGGACACAUAAGACCUCCUCACAUCAGGGCUAUGACAGGGCAGGCAAACUGGAGCUGAGGGAGAGCUAUGGAGUUCAUGAGGGUACUACAGUUCGAGACAGAGCACAGGUGACUGGCAGAGACAGAGAGAGAGCGACAAGCAGCCCAGUGACGGUGACAUUGGAACAGACCACCUCCCGUCCCAGAGAGUUCACCACCAGUAUCUGGCCAAGUAGCACUGAAAGCCGGAUAAACCCUCAGAAACUAGGGGGGGAUGAGGAGGAAGAGGAGAGGGUAGUUACAUUGAAGAACAUCAGUGGGCCUGUGGGGAAGGAUGUGCCUUAUGAUAUUGGUGUUGGGAAACAGGAGAGACAUACACCCAGCAGCCACGCUGAGUGGAAUGGCAGGGAGCCAGCUAGUUACCAUGAAAGAACCACAGUGGAGCCCAGCACUAAAUCCCCUAGGAAGCUUGAGCAACACACUCUCCCUACGGUGCAAUUCAGCCCCACCAGCCAGCCUUUCCUGAGGCUGAAACCAGAUGGAGGUCACCGUCCCACAAAGCAGCCCCAGACUCUGUUUAACCCGAAUAGUGAGGACACGGAAGAUUUGGAGGGGGAGAAGAAGGAGGAGGAAGUGAAGGACAAUAGUCCUGUUUUACUUCCAAAGCCUGGAAGCGGUCCAGGUGUUUCUGCUAAAGACCUGGUGGGGAGCUGCUGUGAGGUUGGCCAGAGGUGGGCAGUGGAGCACAACCACUGCAAUCACAUGCCUCUGCUGAAACAUGACAAAUACUCAGUAUGUAGUGUUGCUCAGCAGCAGUGCUGCUCAGGUUUUCUGAGGGAGAACAGGUGUCUGGCUGGAAUGACUGCAGCGAGGGGGGGAGACGUGUGUGAGGUGGGAACUGGGAACCAGUGCACAGAAGACUCCCACCAGGUGUGCUGCAGCUGCUGCGCGCUGGGAUUGCGCAUGCGCUCUGAGGGACACGGCUGUGAUGCUCACAACUACCUGGGCUACCCCUGCGGACACGUCUUCCUCACCUGCUGCGAGGAUGAUGACGAGGAGCAGGGCCUCCACCAGCCCUUGCUAAAGCAGAAGGAGAUGCCUCAACCUUCAGCCCUGCCAAAGAAAGUCUCUGACAGCAAGUUCCCCAAGGAGGCCUUCUCGAUCGGGGGAGGAGACGAGGCUGAGAACUCGGUGGAGGAGCAGCCUGAUGUGGAUGAGUGUCAGCUGUACCAGGGCCAGCUGUGCCACCACACAUGUGUCAACACCUGGGGCUCCUACCGCUGUGACUGUCACCUGGGCUACACACUGCUGCAGGACAGACACAGCUGUGCUCCAGCUAGUAUAGAGGAAGACAACCGAGUAAGAGACGAUGACAGACCAAUCACCGAACAGUCUACAACCACGGCCCCUACCUCUAUCUCUACAAUUCCACCUAAUCCCUGUGCAGGAAAUGGCCCCUGUAUGCAGCAGUGCACUGUGGUGGCAGGCAAGGCCCACUGCUCCUGUUUCCCAGGGUUCUCUCUGAUGAGGGACAGUCACACAUGUGAAGAUGUGAAUGAGUGCAGGACUGGCACACACAAUUGCUCCAGUGCGGAUUAUUGUGUGAACAAGGAAGGAUCCUUCCAAUGUGUUUCGCUCAAUGAGAUGUGCGAAGAAGGGUUCAUACACACCAUGAAUAUGGAGUGUCUGGAUGUGAACGAAUGUGUGACCAACACCCAUAGCUGCCAGCCUAGCGAACGCUGUGUGAACACAGUAGGUUCGUUUGUGUGUGAGAGGCACAUCUCCUGUCCAGCAGGCUACCAGCUUCGCAACCUCGUCUGUGAGGAUAUUGAUGAGUGUAUGGUUCGUACUCACAACUGCGGGGUUGGCUUUCACUGUGAGAACACAGAAGGCUCGUUCCUCUGUAACCCCAGACAGAAGUGUCUCACUGGCUUCACACAGGACUCCCACAGCAACUGCAUUGAUGUUAAUGAGUGCAGCAGUCUUAGUGAGCCCUGCAGCUCAGGUUUUAAUUGCAUCAACACUGUGGGCUCCUACACCUGCCAGAGGAAGAUCAUCGUGUGCAACCAGGGCUACCACUCUAGCAGUGACGGGGUCAAGUGUGUUGAUGUGGAUGAGUGCCAGACGGGCAUCCACCGCUGUGGCGAGGGCCAGAUCUGUCACAACCUGCCCGGCAGCUACCGCUGUGACUGUCAGACGGGCUACCAGUAUGACGCCAUCCGCCAGGUGUGCACAGAUGUGAACGAGUGCUGGCGCUACCCAGGCCGACUUUGUGCUCAGACUUGUGAAAACACCCCAGGCUCCUACCAGUGUUCCUGCACGACAGGCUUUUCCCUUGCCUUUGAUGGAAAGAACUGUGAAGACUUCAAUGAGUGUGACAACAACCCCUGCAGUCAGGAGUGUGCUAACAUCUAUGGAUCCUACCAGUGCUACUGCCGCCAGGGCUUUUACCUGAAAGAGGAUGGACACUCCUGUGAAGAUAUUGACGAAUGCUCCCAGAGUAUUGGAAACCUCUGUGCCUUCGAGUGUGUCAACGUCCCUGGCAGCUACCAGUGUGCCUGUCCUCGUCAUGGAUACACCAUGUCCAACAAUGGACGCACAUGCCGAGAUAUUGACGAAUGCACCACUGGUGGCCACAACUGUACUCAAGGUCAAACCUGCUACAAUCUGCAAGGAGGCUUCAGGUGCCUCUCAUUCGACUGUCCUCAGAACUACAAGAAAGUUUCAGACACGCGCUGUGAGAGAACCAGCUGUCCCGGCUCCCUGGACUGCCAGAGCUCUCCUCUGAGGAUCACCUACUACCAGCUCAGCUUCCAAACCAACAUAAUCAUCCCUGCCCAGAUCUUCCGCAUCGGCCCCUCCCCCACCUACUCUGGAGACCAAAUCGUCAUCAGCAUUACACGGGGCAACGAGGAAGGCUACUUCAGCACACGGAAGCUCAACAGCUUUACAGGUGCCGUCUACCUUCAGAGACAGGUGCGUGAGCCCAAGGACUUCCUUGUUGAUGUGGAGAUGAAGCUGCUGAGACAAGGGACCUUCACCUCCUUUCUGGCCAGGAUCUACGUCUUCAUAACAUCUAACAAGCUCUAGGCACCUACGGGUUAGAGACAAGGAGGGAGAAGGAGAGACGUUCAUAUGGUGCUACAUUUCUCAAUGUAUUAGAUAUUCAGCAGUCAUCACUGCCUAAUCUUCUUCACUUCAUGCCUUCCUAUACCAAUGUUUCCAAAUACCCUUUAUGUAACUUUUUUCUAUGUAGUCAAGCUGCUGAUGUUUUGGCAGACUGUAUGGCAAUGUUAUUGAGGAUAUUUGUAUUUGUCUACAAAAGGUUGUGUGAUUUAAUCUGCUUUCCAUGAACAAGGCUUCUACUAUGUAUCCAGCAAAGCUGCGUUUCAUCCUGAAGUAGACCAAGGGACACAGGUUACUGCACAAGUCUGGCUUGGUGCUUAGAUGUACUCUCUUAUAUGCCUUCUGCUCUUUGACCUUCCACAUUUCAUGUGUGGUUAAUGGGUUAACUCGGAUCUAAAUAGAGGAAUCUGUUGCAGUCUAAAGACAAGGGUGGGCACUUGUGUCCAUAGCCACCAUCUGACCUGUAAAAUGGAACAAAAUAUUUAGCUGGAUUUCAGUAAUAUCUUCACACAUUUCCACAACAUAAUGCUGUAUAUUAUUGUUAAAAGGCCUAUUUUCUAAGUGUGUUGAAUUUCAGUGCAAAAUAUACCAGAAAAUAUCUUACUCUCACAGGAGUUAAAUUCCAGCACUGACAACGGUCAAUGUUCUGUUUUGUAUGUAUCGUUUUGAAUGUUUUAUUUCUAUGUUACAUAAUAUUGUUUUGUAUUAUGAUCUCAGGGUAAAAUCAUAAUUUCACUCAUCAUGAUGAACUGUGUAGGAGUAGUUUAUUCUCCUUAUGACAUGUCCAUGUUGUUUUAUUUCACUCAAUCCCGGAAUAGCCAUCAACAUUUCAAUCAACUGGUAAAAUCCAUUACAAUGAACACAUGAUUUUUGUUCUGUGUCAAUCAAUCAGAAAAAGUUUCACAACAAUAUUAUUAUCAUCACUUAAAUAAAAACUGAAUUAUUUGUAUCUGCA